AUGGCCGGCGGCGUUACUGUACGUGAUGUCGAUGCUAAUGUAUUUAUUGGUCACUAUGCCCAAUAUCUUAAGAAGUCUGGAAAGCUCAGUGUCCCCCAGUGGGUUGAUGUUGUUAAAACAGGCCAUUCAAAGGAAAUGGCACCUUAUGAUCCUGAUUGGUUUUAUAUUAGAGUUGCUGCUAUUGCACGGCAUAUAUAUUUAAGAAAGCAUACCGGUGUAGGUGCACUUUCGAAGCUUUAUGGUGGAUCGAAGAACCGUGGUUCAAGGCCUUGUCACCACUAUGACGGCUCGAGAUCGAUCCAGCGUAAAGCGCUACAGUCACUUGAAGCACUUGGUGUUCUUGAAAAAGAUGCACGUGGAGGACGGCAUAUUACUCAGCAAGGACAGCGUGAUCUUGAUCAUAUUGCGCUUUUUGCUGUAGAAAACAAAGUUUAG